AUGGGCUGGAGCCUGCUGCUGCCCCUGCUACUGCUGCCAGCGCUGCUCCGGGGCCAGACUGGGCCGCCCCCGGGGAGGGUCCCGCUCUUCGGGCUCACUCAGCAGGGCCCCUGGGCCGCCGGCGGGGGCGACCACGACCAAGCCACGGACUCGCCCUGCGCGGGGAUCCCUGCCGGCGAGGCCACCUCGGUGACGCUGCGGAACCGCAGCCUGGAGCGCCUGCCGGCCUGCCUGCCCCGCGCGCUGCGCAGCCUCGACGGCAGCCACAACCUGCUGAGCGCGCUGAGCGGGCCCGAGCUGGGCGCGCUGCCGCGGCUGCAGCGGCUGGUGCUGCGCCACAACCGCAUCGCCGAGCUGCGCUGGGGCCCCGGCGGGCCCGCGGGCCUGCGUGCGCUGGACCUCGGCUACAAUCGCCUGGCCGCGCUGCCGCGCUGCCCCGCCGGCCCCGCGCCCAGCCAGCUCCGGGCGCUGCACCUCGCGGGGAACCCGCUGCGGAAGCUCCCGCCCGGCGCCUUCUCCUGCUUCCCGGCUCUCCACGCCCUCAACCUCUCGUCCACCGCGCUGGGCGACGGCAACCAGGAGGCCAUCGCGCCGGCGGCGUUCGUGGGGGCGGACGGCCGGGCCCUGGAGAUGCUGGAGGUCCUGGACCUCAGCGGCACAUUCCUGACGCACAUUCAGUCGGAAUGGAUCAGAGACCUGCCAAACCUCACCUCCCUCUACCUGAGGAAGAUGCCUAGGCUGAAAAGCCUGCAAGGGGACAUUUUCAAGAUGACCCCCAACCUACAACAUCUGGACUGUCAAGACUCCUCAGCCCUCAGCUCUGUCCACACACACAUCUUUGAAGACACGCCUCACCUCCAAACUCUUCUCUUUCAAAACUGCAACUUGAGUUCCUUCCCUCCUUGGACUCUGAAUUUCUCCCAGGAGGUGUCCAUUAACCUCGUCGGCAACCCCCUCGCUUGUAGCUGUGAGUUGGCCUGGCUCCUUGCGGAUGCGCAGAGAAUCAUCUUAAACAGGGCAACAGACACUGUGUGUACACCAGCGGCAGGCUCUGGGGGGGUCUUCCCAGCCUCCCUGGCUCUCUCCCAGCUGCCUGGUGUGUGCCAGCCCGACCAAACCACCACCCUUGUUGCUUCAAUACCACCCGCCUCUAAGAAUUCCACCCACAUCCCAUCAACCCAGAGUGAGAUGCUGGGCUCUCCUCCGUCGCCCCCUACCACGCCUGGCACCAGCCUCUGGUCCCAGCCUGGGGAAGGCCAACAGAACACCACCAAUGCCGCCACCCUUCCCAUGGAGACCCCGUGGCCAGCCACAGGAGCCCAAAGCAGUACCCUGGAGGGGGGUGCCCACUCGGCCAUCAUCUCCACAAAUGGUUAUAGAAAUGCCAGUGGCCCGCCCAGGGCUUCCAGCACCGCCUGGACUGCACACCCAAGGGGGCGGCUUAUCAGUCGGCCUCCCAUCUCAGCUGUCCCCACCUCUUUCACCGGCAACCAAUGGGAUCCUCUCCCCACGACAGGAAACUCUGUGAGCCAGCCUCAGCCCAACGCGGGGACUCCCCAAGCCCCCCAGCCGAGCCCCUCGGAGGGCGACAUCCCCAUCAUACUGAUGGACGACUAUAGCGAUGAGGAGGAGGCGGUCGGGGAGGUGACAGGGCCGCUUCACCAGGACAUCGGGGAUUGUGACUACCACCCCUGCAAGCACCUCCAGACCCCCUGCGCCGAGCUGCAGAGGCGCUCACGGUGCAGGUGCCCGGGUCUCAGCAGUGAACACGUCAUCCCAGACCCUCCCCGGCUCCUGGGGGUGUCCGAGGUGACCGACACGUCCGCGGUCGUUCAGUGGUGUGCCCCCAACUCCGCGGUGCACAAGUACGAGCUCCACUACCACCCCAAGGGCCAGCCGGAGGCCACGCUGAAGGUGGGGCAGAUCCAUGCUGCAGCCCGGCAAUACCUUCUGUCCGGCCUGGCACCGGCCACCACGUACCACGUGUGUGUCCUGGCAGCCAACAAGGCAGGCCUGAGCCCGCUGCGCGCUUCUGUCUGGAGGCAGCCGUGCACGACCUUCACCAGCAAGUCCAGCAGCUUGCUGCUGCUGGUGGCCCUGGGAAGCGCCAGCGGCCUACUGCUCAUCAGCACCCUGGUGCUGGCUCUCUGUCUCUGCUGCCGGAUCCGGGCACCCCAGCCAGAGCAGCCCCCCACGCAUCUCGUGGCCUACAAGAAUCCAGCCUUCGACUAUAGGCUCUAGUCUUCAGGAGCUCUGGGGCCGCAGUGGAUUCCGACUCAGGCCUCCAACGGGGACCGCGUUGGUGGACUCUCAGAUAGAAGGAACUGCCCCGCAGCCUGUGUGCACUAAGGGCAAGCUUGGUGCUCACAAUGCCCCCUGCGGGCUCUGAAGACCUCUAUGCCCUGGGCAGCCCACAGCUUGCGGGCUCAGCGGGCUGGCCACGUGUUUCUGAGUCCAGGGAAACCUUUCACUCUUCAGCGUCACUGCUUGUCUGGAAACGUGAAGGACAAGGGUGGCCCACUCCCACUGCCUCCCAGGCCAUCCACUGUCUCAGUGGGGUUUUUAGCAAGGAGUGGCCUGUGGUACCCAACGGAAUAUAGGUAUGAAGGGGUAAACCCACACAAGCACAGUCCAGCCUCUUCUGCUGUGGGGGACAUGACAUCCUCAGAUUUCCCCAGGAUGUUUCCCCACAUCAAGGGCAGCUCUGGCUUAGGCCCAUGAAUGUGUUACCCAAGAGAUUCACCCCUGGGGGUUCCUGAGACUGGGGUGGGUAGGUGGGGAUGGGGGUAGCUUCUUCUGAGGCUACUCGCUGCAUCUCAGGAUAUGACCCCAAAAUAAAGACUUCCAGCUUUGCAGUUAAAACCAGCCUGGAAAGAAAAUGUUUUGAAAAGGAUGAUGGCAACAUAUGUACAUAUGUUGUACAUUUGUUGUAUGGA